CGGCGGCCCGGGGCGGGGGCGCCCUGCGCCAGCGCCGACCAGCUGGAGCGGCAGCGCAGCAAGUUGUCAGUAGACACCCUGCAGUUCCUGCUGUUUUUGUACAUCCAGCAACUGAACAAGGUUUCUCUGAGAACGUCCCUGAUCGGCGAGGAGUGGCCCAGCCCCAGGACCAAGUCUCCCGACCUGACUGGGAAGUCUGCCAGUCAAAAUAAGAACUGGAACGAUCAAGACCACCAGGCCUUUGUGCAGAGCCACCUCUCGGAUAUGCUGGAACUGCUGCUGGAGCCAGACCAGCUCACUGCCUCUUCCCAUUCUGCUCACAGUAGUUUGGUCUCUUAUGAAGCUGUUCGUGCCCUCAGCUUUCUUAUUGAAGGGACUGUGAACAAAUCUAGAACUGUCCAUCCUCUGCAUGAGCUUGCCCUCUGGCAGCCCUUUCAUGGGAAAAAUGGCUACUCGAAGAUCUCCAAAGCCUUCUCUUUCACCAAGCUAGAGAGUUGGAUAAGGUCUUGCCUGACAACAAACCCCUUUGGAAUGACUGCGUGCCUCAAGUCUGGGAAGAAGCUUGCCUGGGCGCAGCAAGUUGAAGGAACAACCAGAAGAGCCAAGAUUGCUUGCAAUACUCAUGUGGUCCCUGAGGUGUUUCCCAUGGUGAUAAUGAGCCAGGUGUACAAACAGACGUUGGCCAAGAGCUCAGACACCUUGGUGGGGGCUCAUGUAAGAAUUCAUCGCUGCAACGAGUCUUUCAUUUAUCUCCUCUCUCCUCUCCGAUCUGUGACCAUUGAGAAGUGCCGGAAUAGCACUUUUGUCCUCGGCCCUGUGCAGACAUCUGUUCACGUCCACAGCUGUGACAAUGUCAAGGUCAUUUCUGUUUGCCAUCGUUUGUCUCUCUCUUCCACCACUGGCUGUACUUUCUACAUUCUUACACCUACCCAACCUCUCAUCCUCUCGGGUAACCAAGCAGUCAGCUUCGCUCCUUUCCACACCCAUUAUCCAAUGCUUGAAGACCACAUGGCUCAGGUGGGCCUGGCCACUCUGCCGAACUACUGGGACAGUCCCAUGCUGGUGUGCAAAGAGAGCAGUGACACAAGCAUCUUCCGCCUCCUGCCACCCUCGGAGUUCUACACCUUUGUAAUUCCUUUCGAAAUGGAAGGAGACACAACGGAAACGCCGGGCGGACUGCCCCACGCGUAUCAGAAGGCACUGAGUCAGCGAGAGCAGAAGGUACAGAUCUGGCAGAAAACUGUGAAGGAGGCAGGCCUGACCAAGCAUCAGAGGAAACAGUUCCAGAUGCUGGUGGAAAACAAAUUCUACGAAUGGCUGGUGCAAACAGGGAAUCGUCAGCAGCUGGAUAGCCUGGUCCCUCCUGCAGUAGGCUCCAAACAGGCAGCAGGAUAGCGUCAUGUUGCUGUACUGCAAAAGGAGAGGAAGGAGUUCUGGGAACAGACGGUGAUAUCCUGAAAUCGUUCUCGUUCAUGCUUCGCGGCCGUCCUAGCUGAAAACCCUUGAUGUGGAUUUGAUGCCCAGCCUCAGCAUGGAUUGGACUGUUUGUCUGGUUUAGGAUUUUUAAUCACUUCUGCUUUCCCAGGAACGUGCUAUAGCUAUUCCACUGAUAACUGAGAAAGCGCGUGUUAAUAGAUGGUGAUGAACAAGUAUGCUUCCCCCUUGUUGCAGGUCCUGUAACUGGGAGGCACUCCUGGUCAGUGUCCGUGGUGUGCACGUAUCCAGCAAAGGAGCUCUGCCUGGUGUAAAGCUGGACGUAGGUUUUCUGGCUGUCACUUGCAGCUUUAUGGUACAAGACAGCUGCACUGUUUCUAUAAAUGUGAAAAACAAAUGUUUAGUUUUUUUAUGAAUGAAAUUCAAUAGUUUUUUUUUUAAAUAUGAAGAUGGCACUUAGAUUUUAUAGAAUUACCUUUCUUAUAAGUUUGCUUUGUUUUGACAAAUGUCAAUAAGUGUUCUCAGAUAAGCCUGGCACAUGUUCUAGGGAAAGGGUUUUACAUUUGCUCUGGUUGUUAAAGAGCCCUAGUGUCUUCAUUGCUUUAAUGAAAUGUGAACCUGUCAGCUGAGAGAAAAGUGCUAAUUCCUUAACAGCAGUGGAGCUGAAGGUUUUGAAGGAUGUCCUAGCACAGCACUUUGAUAUAAACUGUGUUGCCUAUCUUUAAAUAAUUAAUAUUUCUUGUAAAGAAUGUGAGUCCUUUUCUCAUUUUGUGCUAGUAGUACCUGUCUUGGAGAGACAUGCUCAUUGCAAAGCACCUCAGUUAGCAAGGCAAAAAAAGGCAACGGCAUUGCGUGGAUGACUGAACACAGCAGCUGCAUGUGACUUGUGAAGAGCUAUCCAAAUUGAGAGUAGGAGGAAAACAGUGGGAUUCAGUACUCUGGCGUACAAAUUUUAUAACAUUGUAUGCUUUCUAAAAUUAUAUUUUUAUUGGCUCGGGAGCCGAUGUUAGUUCUGGUUCCACCUGGGUUUUUAACACUAUAUAAAAUUGUUUGGUUUAAUCUUAGGACAUUAGGCAAGACUAGGUGACUUUUAUAUUUAAGUAUUUACAUUUCAUCCAUGUGCUGGAAUGGGUGUUUGUGUAUAGCGUGGUGCAGUAGUUCCUCAGCUCUAGUUGCAGAUGCUGCUUGAUAAUGUUUGAAUGCUUUUUAUGAUAACGGUGCUGUCUUUAAAUAGAUUUGGGCUUUCACUUGUAGCUUGCAGUGCUGUCAAAACCACCUAGUUUUCAUUAAUGAAAUGCACAAUUUCUGUU